AUGGCGCUCACACCCUCAACGCCGACCGAGCUUCCCUUGCAACCUGGUCCACGGCUGGGCUUGCCGCCGGGACCGUCAAUCUUGCAGGUCUGGUCACCACCUGUCUUCAAUUAUACGAUCAUCGACGCGGGCAAGAAAUUUGGAGUCGAUUACGAGGUUGUCAAGGCGAAAUUGGGCCGAGAACGGAUUCAGCUGCUGCACUGGGGUGAGAAGGUCGGUCUGGUUGCCGACAGCACGAGCGGAAACAAUGCCACGCAACUGGAUUCCCGACUCGGCCAUGCCCGAAUAUCAAUCGCCGUUUGGGAAAUCCUAGGCUGUAUUAAGAUGUUGUUUGAGGAUACAGACACCCUCCGCAAAAAUUAUGGUCUGAAGGUAUCUAAAUCUUCCACCUGCCCGGCCAGUGCAACAGCCGACACCAACACUCUCUGGGUUGCGCUCACAGAGUCGUACAAGAAACUAGCCAAAGUACCCUGCUGGCAGAGUGAAGUUAUCAAGUUUUUGGGAUAA